GUUAACAGAAGGUGUCAACCACAUUACUAAAAUAGAUGUCAAAAUGUACCUACCCAAUACCAAGUGAAGAAACAGGAUCACAUUUCUCACAGGAAACUGUGGAAUACAAAUACACCGCAUAAUCUAGUCUUUAAACACGAAAGUUAUCUGAUAAACUUAAGGGUCAUUUUUGUGCACUCCUUGUGGCUCCGCCCCUGAGCGGACGAUGGCGUCACACCGCAGCCUAUAUUAAUCUUUGAUCGUUUCUGCCAUCGGUUAAUCUUCAGAAGACUGAGAAAACUUCUAUAGAGCGAUGGAGAUGACCACAACCACUUUGUAUAACAGCAGUACAAUAGGGGUAAAUGAUGGAAAUGGCUCUGAGUACAUUGACCAGUAUUCUGAACUGAGACAGUCUCUGAACACCAUGACUCUCAUUGUUUACUGCCUGGUCUUUGUUCUUGGUGUUCUUGGAAAUGGAGUGGUUAUCUGGGUGACCGGAUUCAAGAUGAAGAAAACUGUCAACACAGUUUGGUUCCUCAACCUGGCUGUGGCUGACUUCCUCUUCACAGCAUCUCUGCCCCUGAGUGUGACAUACCUGGCUUUAGAUUUCCACUGGCCUUUUGGCAAGUUCAUGUGCAAACUCAACAGCACAUUAAACUACCUGAACAUCUUUGCUAGUAUCUACAUUCUGGUGGUGAUCAGUGUGGACAGAUAUGUGUCUGUGGUGUGGCCAAUCUGGGCCCAGAAUCAUCGCAAUGUGCGUAAGGCAUCCUGCGUGAGUCUGGGUGUUUGGGGGCUGGCUCUGAUUCUCAGUACUCCAUACUUUGUCUUCAGGGACACUGGGCCUUCCUUCAACAAUAAAGUUAUCAACUGCUUCAACAACUUUGCCCUUUCUGAUGACUACGAAUCUUUGUCUGUGUAUGAGCUGGGGUUGUUUCGUCUCAAGGUCAUGACCAUCACUCGCUUCCUCCUGGGAUUUGUCAUCCCCUUCACUGUCAUUGUCUCCUGUUAUGCUGUGAUAAUCCAUCGUCUCAGGAGAAACCGCACCCUGGCCAGCCAAUCCACUCGCACCUUUAAGAUCAUCGCUGCAGUUAUCAUCGCUUUUUUCUUCUGCUGGGCCCCUUUUCACAUCUUCUCUUUGAUCGACAUGGUUCAUGCCAUCAACGAUUACACAAUUCUUUCACUGGACUAUGUUACCACCAUUGGGAUCCCUCUUGCUACCAGCCUGGCCUUCACCAACAGUUGCCUGAACCCACUUCUGUAUGUGUUUGUUGGACAAGAUUUCAGGGAUAGAGUCUGCAAAUCCAUCACAAAAGCGUUGGAGGCUGCUUUCCAAGAAGAGGAUUCUGGCUCCCAUACUGACACAAGCACGCUAAAGAGUCAGAGCAAAGAGAGGUCAAUGCACAGCACUGAUGUGUAGAUCAUGAAUACACAGAUACUGAAAAUGUACAGAGUAAAAAAAACAAUUAAAUCAAAAAGUUGAAUCAAAAGGAGAUUUUGCUUCCGGUAUAUGCUGUUUCCUGUUUGAGAAACCUCAUAUUGAAUUUUGGACAUUAGCUAAAAUGUAACAAUUUACACCUCUGAAUUGUUGUAUAGUUGAGCACUCCCUUUCUAGUGUAAAUCGACGUCUUUAAAUGUCUAAAAGAAAAUAUUAUUUACAUUUUAAAGUAACAACUGGGGAAGUCUUGACUUUUUUUUCCUGAAAAACAAAGUGUGAGAAAAGCUCAUUAUUAUUUUCAUGUUUUGUAUUGAACUGGUGUAGCAUAUUAUUAAGAAACAAACCUGAAGCCUAAAAUGUGUUUUCUUCAGUGUAUAAAAAUCUUUAUUUUUAUAAUAUUUAAAUUUUUUGUGUAUGGACAGGAAGAGUCGAUAAACGGUCACUGAUGUUUUGUGAUUUUUGCUGUAAUACUGUUAUUUUAAAAAUAUUAUUCAAUACUUCUUUUUUCACUAAUUAUUUCCAUCUCAUAACCAACAGAAAAAGUCUCAUAAUGAAUCUUUACUGAACUCUUUUUUAUGGCACAGUUGCAUGUAGAAGGUAAUGUGUCUCUAUACAAUAAAGAACUUUUCUCA